GGUGUGUGUGUGUGUGUGUGCGUGUGUGUGCGUGCGUGAGUGUGUGUGAAGGUGUAGAGGGGACUGGGCGGAACCGAGGCGGUCACUGUGCUCCUCACCUUCCUUGGGUUAACAUUGAAUGGACUAUUAUCUCAAGAUGGCUUGCCCGAAAUCCGUGCUGGUAACAUUACUUGUGCUCGUAACCACGGUAACAGGCCAGUACCUUCAACCGCAAAACCUAGUCAUCGGUCAAAACACGGGUACUUUCCUCCAGGCUGUACCUGGCAGCCAAGGUCGUCCAAUUACUGUGUUCCAAAACCUCCCUGUGAACAGCCAAACUGGCAUAGGAAAUGCCUUCUUCAGCCAGCCACUUGGAACAGCUCCAGCCACCAGUGGCACCUCUCCUCAGGGAGGCGUUAGCAGUUCGCCUCAAUUUAUCGGUCUUCCUCUGAGCCUUCCAGCUUACCAGAACCAAGCUGGACCCAGUUCUGAUAAUCGCGUCAGUCAAAUAAUUGCCCGUGGACCUGAUGUAGACACUACCCAAAGUUUCAUCGGCGUACCAACUUCUGGUGCCGUGUCUGCACCACACAUUGGAGGUGGUCCAGCUUUUGGUGUUGCCUUUGCCAGCGGUCAAAAUGUUGGCGCAGCUCAAAGCCUUGGUACUGGUGCCGCCUUCGCUCAAGGGUUGGCCAGUGGUCAAACUUCAGGCGCGAGCUUUGCCACCGGUCCUGCUGUUGGCUUUGUUCAAAGCAUCCCUACUCCUUCAGCUGAAGGAGUAAGAUUUUCUCAUGGCAUUGGUAGUCAAAUAAAUGUUAUAACAAGUGACAGGUCUAGCCAGGUUAAUGUUCCUCGUGUAACUAGUAGGCCAGGAGCAAACAUAAUAAGGAAUGUUGGCAGCCCUGAAGUUAGAAGAGUGGACGCAGUCCUCACCCCAACUGUCACCCAAGUUAUCACCAUCGACCGCUGCGUCACUGUCACCGACCAGGCUUUCAACAGCGUGGCCGUGACCCUGACUUCCUUCAGCGUGCAGACUGUCACCGUGGGAACACGAGCGGUGCUGCAGACGCCCGUCGAUGAUCGCGUCGCUCUCCAGACAUCGGUGUUUGUCCGGCCCGGAACCGUAACAUUAACGGAGGUGAAGUCUGACUUCAGGAUCGUGACUGAAACUUCCCUAAGCCACGUGACCCUCGCCCACACGUCCUACGUUAUCAGCCAGUACACCUUCACCACCACGGCCACCCAAGUGUUGACGUACACGGCAACGGUGGUCCACACCAAUAUAAAUACCCACAGAACUACAUUCACGAAUUACCGCACGGUAACUGACACCGUGUACGUCAACAGUGGCUACGGCUAUCGUCAAUGAAAUGUGAUACUGUUUGGUGUGUUUAAACGUCAAUAAACGAUGCCUUUA